AUGACCCAGACUGAGCAGACCGCCAGCACACUGCCGCUGUGGACGCCACGCGACCCGCAGUUGACCACGACGCACAAGUUCAGGGAGUUCGUUAACACCAAGCGCCACCUCUCGCUGGCCACGUACCAGGAUCUGGACCAGUGGUCUGUGACAGAGAUCGAGGCGUUCUGGAGCGACGUGUGGGAGUUUACCGGCACCAAGGCCAGUGCUCCGUACUUGCAGGUGCUGGAGCCCAACAAGACCAUGGACCAGAUCCCCAAGUGGUUCGAAGGUGCACGACUCAACUACGCCGAGAAUGUGCUGGACGGCCGCGAGGCAGAGGAGCGCACGGCGAUCUAUGCGUUCGGAGAGGGUCGCCAGCUUACAAAGUGGUCGUUCAGAGAGGUGUAUGAGAAGGGAGACCGGGUCGCCGGCUAUGUGCCCAAUGUCGCUGAGACCGUUGUGGCGAUGCUGGCGGCAGCGAGUAUUGGCGCUAUCUGGAGCUCGACAUCGCUUGAUUUCGGCGUAACCGCCGUGCUGGACCGGUUCGCGCAGAUCGAGCCCAAGCUUCUGUUCUCGACCGACGCCACGGGCUACAACGGCAAGGUGUUCUCGCACAUUGACAAGCUCGCGGGCGUGGCCGCUGGUCUGCAGUCGGUUAAGAGGGUUAUCGUCAUUCCCUUCGGCGACAACGUGGAGCGUGACACGACCUCGUUUGCCCAGCUGCCGUUCUACCACCCGCUGUAUAUUCUGUUCUCGUCGGGAACCACAGGCAAGCCCAAAUGCCUGGUGCACUCGGCAGGCGGCAUGCUUCUUCAGCACCGCAAAGAGCACCAAAUUUCUCAGGACAUGGGCGACAGCGACAUCAUGUUCUACUACACGACCACAGGCUGGAUGAUGUGGAACUGGCUAGUGGGUGCUCUCCGUGCGCCGGGUGCACUGUGGGAUCUGGUGGACCAGCUGGGGAUCACCGCAUUUGGCACAUCAGCCAAGCAAAUCUACUCUACAGCCUCCCCACUGAAGCCCAACAGCUACGACUUUGUGUACACGCACAUCAAGAGCGACUUGUGUCUGAGCUCAAUCACUGGCGGCACCGACAUUUGCUCGCUGUUUCUGCGGGUGCCAACACUGCGCUGCCUGUAUACCGCGGGUGCUGUGCAGUGCCGUGGACUCGGCGAUCUCGUGUGUGUGCGGCCGUUCCCUUGCAUGCCUGUGUUCUUCUGGGGCGACGAAUCAGGCGAGCGGUACCGUAAGGCGUACUUUGGCAACUACCCGCAGAUCUGGUACCACGGCGACUUUGUUAUUAUCGAGUCGAAGACUGGCAGCGUGCACAUGCUUGGCCGCAGCGAUGGUACAUUGAACCCUGCCGGUGUGCGGUUUGGCAGUUCCGAGCUGUACAACAUUGUCGAUACCUACCCGGAGGUUGCUGAUUCGCUGGUGGUUGGUCAGCGCCAGGGCGUCGACGAACGCGUGCUGAUGUUUUUGCAGAUGGCUGACGGCCACGAGUUCAAUGAUGAGAUCGUCAAGCGCAUCGCUGCCCAGAUCCGCCAGCAGCUGUCGCCGCGCCAUGUGCCGGCUGUAGUCCUGCCAGUCACCGGCAUCCCAUACACAGUCAACGGCAAGAAGGUCGAAAUCGCCGUCAAAAAGCUCGUCAGUGACCUCUACCGUGUCGCUCAGGUUGAGAGUGCCGAAGAGGCUGUGCGCAGUCUCCUCCAGUAG